AGGCCUCUCCAGGAGUGACGUUUUGUUUUGGCUUCUGGACCAUUUCGGCUUUGUUAGCCCUUGAAGGGGUUCCGAGCUAUGUCUCAGGCCAGCGGUGCUGUAAAGAUGAAAGGCUGAAUCCCAGCAGGAGUGGUGCAUGGAUGCCAGAGGGCGUUCCUGCUGUGGCACGCGGUGGCAGACGAAAGAUGGCAGAACUGGAACAAGGCCUGUUGAUGCAGCCGUGGGCAUGGCUACAACUUGCUGAGAACUCACUUUUGGCCAAGGCUUAUUUUGAUAAGCAGGGUUAUGCCUUGCUGGUUUCAGAUCUUCAACAGGUGUGGUAUGAACAGGUGGACACUACAGUGGUCAGCCAGCGAGCCAAGGAGCUGAACAAGAGGCUGACUGCACCCCCUGCAUCUUUUCUUUGUCAUCUGGAUGAUCUGUUAUGCCUGUUGUUGAAGGACGCCACUCACCCUAGCAAGGCUACAUUCUCCUGUGAUCGUGUGGCAGAGGCACUGAUACUGCGGGUGCGGAGUGAGUUGUCUGGUCUGCCCUUCAACUGGCAUUUCCACUGUACCCCAGCAAGUUCUUUACUGGUCUCUCAACAUUUGGUUCGUCCUCUGAUGGGCAUGAGCCUGGCUUUGCAGUGUCAUGUGAGAGAGCUAACAACAUUACUUCGGAUGAAGGACCUAGAGAUCCAGGACUACCGAGAGAGCGGAGCUAUGCUGAGCCGAGGCCGAUUGAAGACAGAGCCCUUUGAAGAAAACUCUUUCUUGGAACAGUUUAUGGUUGAGAAAUUACCAGAGGCAUGCACUGUUGGUGAUGGAAGGCCUUUUGCCAUGAAUCUGCAGAGUUUGUAUGUGGCAGUCACCAAACAGGAGAUCCAAGUGGGACAGAAGCAUCAAGGAAAGACUCAGACCUCAAGCAAUGCCUCCCCUAGAGGAACUGAUAGCCAGCUUCAGAAGCAGAACCAGCUAGAACAUCCAGUCUCCUCAACUCCAGCCCUCUCAGAGCCUGAACAUGAGCCCAUGGGUACUUCAGGUUCUAUACAGAGACUUCAACUGUCAAAGGCCAAGAGGAAGAAGCCAAGGGGGCUCUUCAAUUAACAUGCCAUGUCUCAGUCUCUGAGAGUGAAGAGAACAGCUUCUUAGCAUCAUCUGGAAGGGAGCUGCCUGGCAGAAUACCUCUUGAAUGAAGUUGUAAGCAGAGGCCCACUGUCAGAGCAAGAGGACUAAGUUUAUGUUGAUGGGCCACCUGAAUGUGUACUGUUCACCAGGAGAAGCUUGGCUCCAACUCCCUGGCAUUGACCUCCCCUACAUGAGUAGAAGCCAGCCCCUCUUUCAGUGAAGGUUUUUUUCUAGACCUAGCACUAUAUGGUGGACUUAGAUAUAUAAAGCAAGUCUGUAAAAGGCACAGCAUGCCCUGGAAGCCUCUCUACUUUGCUCAAAGGUCCCUCACUGGUUCCAUGGGCUUCUUAGAGAACUGCUUCUCUCUUUAGCAUGGAAUAGACAGCACCCAUACUUCCUGAUUUUCUUAAUCUUUUUAAAA